AUGGCAGAAAUCAAAGCUGUGGAGAGCGCGCCCGCUCGUUCUGAUAUCGUCGGCGACGCAGUGGAAUUGCCAGACCAUGUACUGGAGCUAGAGAGCGCUUUGCAAACCUACGUCCCCAACACGGACGCUGAGAAGCGACUGGUUCGAAAGCUCGAUCUGUUCAUGAUGCCGACCUUAUGGUUCAUGUACAUUCUGGCGUAUAUUGACAGACAGAACAUCGGAAAUGCUAGAGUGGCCGGUAUGGGGGCUGAUUUGAAACUCACUGAUUCUCAAUAUGCGUUGCUGCUCGGUAUUUUCUUCAUCGGAUAUCUCAUCUGUGAGGUACCUUCCAACCUCCUUUUGACCAGGGCACGCCCGUCAUACUAUCUCCUCGGUCUUAUGAUUGUCUGGGGUACGGUCUGCUCGUUGGGAAGUGUCGUGAAAACCUACCAGCACAUGCUCGUUCUGCGGUUCUUCCUUGGAUGUAUUGAAGCUGGAUUCUUCCCUGGAGUCUUGUUCCUCAUGACCUGCUGGUACAAGAAAGCAGAAAUUGGCAAACGAUUUUCCAUCUUUUUCACGGCUUCCGUAUUCUCUGGCGCCUUGAGUGGCCUACUCGCUGGUGCCAUUACCGGAAACAUGGAGGGUGUGCGAGGCAUGCGUGGCUGGCGCUGGCUGUACCUGAUCGAGGGUGUCUGCACUGUUGGAUUCGCCGUGAUCUUCAAGUUCAUCCUGCUCGACUUCCCCGAAACCACCACCCGAUUCUCGCUGGAAGAGAGGCAACUUGCCGUCGUCCGCAUGAUGCACGACCGUCGAACCAACGCAUCCGCCCACACCGUCAAGCUCACGCAUUGGCAAGCCGUCAAGGCAGCCUUCGCUGACCCCAGGACCUACAUCUUCACCCUACUCUUCGUCAUGAACCUCGGUUCUUGCACCAUUUCAUACUUCAUCCCGACCAUCGUUCGCCAGAUGGGAUACACCUCUGUCACGGCGCAGUACAUGACGAUUCCCAUCUGGAUGGUCGGCGCCGUCUUCCUGAUCGUCUUGUCUUUCACCGCGGACCGAACGGGCGACCGUCGCUGGCACGUUGCCGGCUGCUUCGGCCUCAGUUUCGUCUGCACGAUCGUCUGCAUCGCUGUCUCUCACCCCGUCGUGCUCUACACCAUGUUGUGCUUCUAUAUCGCUGGCCUAUACACGGCUCUGCCUUUAAUCCUCACCUGGGCGUCCGAAGUCAUCGCUCUCCCCGCCGAAAAGCGUGCGGUCGUGGUCGCGUUCGUGAACUCGGUUGGCAACCUCUCCGCUGUAUAUGGUAGCCACCUUUGGCCUGCUAAGGAUGGGCCGAAGUUCAUUACGGGAUUCGCAACGACGGGUGCCUUCACUGGCUUUGGCAUGCUGCUGGCGAUUGCCAUUCCUAUCAUCUGCAAGUAUCUGCCUGAAGAGGGUCGGACUGAGGCCGAGAGAGAAAUCCUUAGCCUUCAAGGGCGACAGGCUGAGGAUCCGAAUAAGAUGAGUGUCUAG